AUAAAAAAAGAAAAAACACUGCACACACUUCACAGUGUUCACUCUCGCAAGUUGCAAGGUGCAAUCACUUCCACACUCACUCACUUGCCGUCAUUCUCGUUCUUUUUCUUCUUCAAAAAAGCUUCGAGCUUUAGCGUUUGUACGAUGAUGGGUAGCGGCGACACGUCUUCUUCUUCGGACUUCUUCUGCCGCCGCCAUGUGUUCCUCUGCUACAAGAACCCCGCCGUGUGGCCGCCGCGCAUUGAGGCUGCUGAAUUUGAUCGCCUGCCAAGGUUGCUCCACGCCGCCAUCAAUGCCAGAAAGCCUCAUAUCAAGAAAGAGACCUGCUUAACAAUAUGUGAGGGGCAUGAUGGGACUGAAACAUCAAAUGGAGAUGUAUUAAUUUUUCCAGACAUGAUCAGAUAUAGGAGAUUAACCCAUUUUGAUGUUGAGACAUUUGUUGAAGAAGUUCUAGUCAAAGAAGGAGAAUGGCUUCCUGGAAAUCCUGAAUCAUUAAAAGCUUCAUAUGUUUUCGUGUGUUCACAUGGAUCCCGUGAUCGUAGGUGUGGGGUUUUUGGACCUAUCUUGGUCAGUAGAUUCAGGGAAGAGAUAGAAUUACAUGGUCUUCAAGGCAAAGUGUUGAUUAGCUCGUGCUCGCACAUUGGGGGAAACAAGUACGCUGGAAAUGUCAUUAUAUUUGGAUCAAGUAUCAACAGAGAAGUCACUGGGCACUUGUAUGGAUAUGUUACUCCAGAUGAUGUACCUUUAUUGUUUCACCAGCAUAUCAUUAAAGGGGAGAUUUUUGACUCACUAUGGAGGGGUCAAAUUGGUUUAUCAGAAGAUGAACAGAAGAAAAAGCAAGAACAAAGGCUUCAGCUGAAUGGUGGAAGAAAUUUAGGAGGCAUGGUUGCUGGCCGCUGUCAAACAGAUGGAGAGAGCUGUUGCCAAGACAAUGAAGACUCUUGUUGUUGUCAGAAUGAUGUAUUUGAGGAAAUGACCGAGCUCUCAACUGAUAAUAAGAGGGAGAAUGUGAAUGUGAUUUCUCGGAUCAACAAGGGCAAAGGAGCAUUACGCAAGUUUAGUUCCAUGCCAACAUGGCUUGACAGCUGGGAGCAGGAGGAUACUUAUGCUGCUCUUGCUGUUGUCUGCGCUGCUGUGUCGGUUGCCAUCGCCUAUAGCUGCUACAAACAGCUGAGAUGAGGAGAAUGAAUUCACCAAUUGGUUGGCAGUGUUAUUUAGCAGUGGAUUGGAUAACUUAAGCUUUGUUGUGCCUUCAUUUUUCAUUUUGCAAGUUCAGUUAUGCCUUAUUUCAAACCUUACUGGACAUGCAGGGGAAUGAGUAUCUGAAAUCUUGACAGCUUCUGAAACAUGAAACAUUGUUGCCUCAGGCACUUGGAAUUCCCUCUUAGCUUUGUACAUACAUGAAAUCUUAGCCUGGGAAUGUUCAAAUUAAAUACUGGCAUUUUAUUUAGGUGCAAUUGGUUUGUAACAUUUAUUAAUUUUAUUAAAGCUAAUUAACUUUGGUGUUU